UACCAAGGUUAGUAAAAAAAAAAAAAUGCGCACGACCGUAAGGGUGGAGAAGAUCCGCGCGCUCACACUCCUCCCACUCCAGAAGUCUGACAGACUUUGAGCUUCAGUCUCACUUUUACUUUGACCGUGAUACUGACAGGAUUACAGGACGUCGCUGCGGAUUUAACCCAGAAUAUCUGCCAAAACCUUUAACCAGCAUGUGUCGAUAUUGGGAUAUAUCCUUGGUCAUAUGCUUCUCUCUCAUGUUUGUUGGCGUUGAAAACAUGCCAGAUCAAAUGCCUCCACCGAAAAAUCUGAUGUAUACAUGGCGAACACCUUUCACGCUGUAUGUAAAAUGGGGAAAACCUGAGGAUCUGGAUCCUACUUGUACAGUAAACUAUACUGUGACAAUUUUUGAGGGACAGUUUCAACAUAUAAUUCAAACCUCAAACAACUUCUACUCGAUGAAUUUGUCCAAUAAAGAUGGGUUAAACUUCUCUGUUACUACAAAUCCAGGAAACUGUGGAAACAAACAAUCAAGCCCACCAAUAAGCUUUGCCAUCCCUCCACCUCCAGUGAUGCUGGUGAGAAACUUGAACUGCAUAUAUUAUUCUAAAGACAAGAUGAUGUGCACUUGGGAUCCUGAUGAUGAUGAUGCCCAAGACCUCGAUUUCUAUUGGUUACGUGGAGAGGAAUCAGUUAAAUGCUCCUCAUAUAUACAUGAGAACAUGAAGAUCAGAGGAUGCAACAUUACCAGUGAAGAUUUCAAUAGCAAGACAGAUGACAUGUUCUAUAUGGCUAUUGGAACUUAUAAGAACAGUACUGUUAUAAACACAUUUAGGAUGCCAGGACCAUAUCAAAGUGUGAGACUAAACAAACCUAAAUUUACAAUCAAACGAAAUGGGAGAAAUCUUUUACUUCAAACGACCAGAUCAGGUUUUGAAAAUCUUGAAGAAGACUGUUUUUCCUACAAUUACACAUAUGUCAAAUGCAAUGAAACGACCUCAGCCAGAGUUAAUACAAAUAUUCAUAGUGUGGAGUAUGACCCAAUCUGCAAGUACAAAGCCAGAGUCAAGAUGGAAUUUGAAGAGAAUUGCGGUGCAGGGGUGAUUGAAGAAAGUGAUGAAGUGGAAUACGGUGAAGACCGCGAUCCAAAUUUGCCUGUGUUACUGGUCUUUAUUUUCAUCGCUGUCUUCAUUUUCGCUUGUCUGAUAGGGUGUUUUGUGCUACUUCGAAGACAUAAAGAUGAUUUACUCCCAAAAAUUCCAGACCCAUCACAAUUUUUUAAAGAGAAUAUCAGCAAUAUCAAAACGAGCUACACAGCUCCCAGCUUAUAUGAACCUAAAGAAGAGCCUGUAGAAAGCCUAAGUCUUGAGCCCCAGACGCAACUCCUAAAGGAUCAUAUGCCACGAACGCUGGAAUAUAAUGUCUAAUCACUGGAAAGUUCACCUGUGGAUUUACACACAUUUACUGUAAAUCAGGGAGGACUCUACACUCAAAACUUGAAGCUGCAGGAAUGUCUGUGCGACAGGAAUGUUUGAACUCUCAUUGUCCCUCCCUGCCAUCGUACGUGAGGACAGCAAUGAACAAGUCUCACCUGUGUGAGCGACUUUGCCCUUGCUUGUUUUCAAUGAAUGUAUCGUAGAGAUAAGUGAGGCAAUAAAUGAACUUUCACGGAGCGUCCUGAUUGGAACUUAUUUUCCGGGUAUGAGUGUAUCCACUCCAAAUGUGCCGAAGCCAAUGGACUACAUACUUGUAAGCUUCAACCCAUUUCAUGGAGCUCAAAAGUGGAACAUGGCAAAAGAUGAGAUUUGUGAAAUGUGGAAAAUGUAAUGUACAAUACACCUUUCCAUGCUUGUUUAUAUAGCCAAGUUUUAUUUGAUCGGACUACUGGGUGUUUCUGAACAUAGUUUACAAAUAAAUAUACAGUUGAAGUCAGAAGUUUAUAUUCACCUUUGCCAAGUAUAUUUAAACAAGGCCAGACGUUUAUUUGUAGAAAACAUUUCCUGUCAGAUACUGUUGGUUUGCUUUACUUUAAGAAUGUGAAAUGUCUUAAUAAUACUAGAGAAAAUUAUUUAUUCCAGCUUUUUGUCCACACAUGCACAUGCAAACUGUAGUCUAGCUAUUUUUAGGGCAGUUUUGGAACGGUGGGUUCUUGCUGGCAGUCUUUCAUGUUAUGUUUAUAUAGGACUCUAUGUUUACUGUGGAUGUUUACUGCGGAUGUCUACCCUUAAGGUCCCUUGCUGGAAUUUAUUUGCACUUUAUACAACAAACUAUGUUUGGAGACAUGUCUAGGAGACAGAGUAAAACACCUUCUGAUGCGUGGAUGCAUAGUCCAAUAGGGUUUAUACAUAUGAAGAGUUUCGUUGCAAAACGAGAUAAAUCCAUUUUUUAACAUUUUUGACAAAACAUGUUUAUUAUUAUGUUAUCAUGUUAUUAUUUUUUUUUGGUGCUACUUAGCUGUAUUUUUUAAGUUAUGAAUGUUUAAAUCAAAACAAACCAACUGCAGUUGCAUUGAAAUUAAUUGGAAUGCACAACAAAAAAACAAGAUUUCUGAACAAUUAAAAAAACGAUGGUUAUCUCGUUUUGCAACGAAACUCUUCAUAUGUACUAUUGUGUUCAGGUUCACCUCUAAUUUAUUGCAGUUAGCAAGAAGAAGCUGAAUACGUCAAUGCUUGACACACUGUUAACCCUGAUAUUGUCUUUACUUAAAGAAAUUAACAUCACCAAAUCUGAGUUAAUUUAACUUAUAAGUGUAUAAAAUCCAUUAAACUAAAACAUUCUAUUAAAAUGGACUUAAAAUGAUCAGUACAUGUUGUAAUGAAUACCCAUAAUGAAUGCUUUUUCACAGAAUAAGAACUUUGACUACUCAAAUAUUUGUUAAUAAAAUGUCAUAGAGGUUUAAGCUCUUAUAUAUUGAUGUUGUUUUGUUGUAAAUGAUCAUUUUGUGAGAUCACUGUUUAGGUGAUCAGUGUUUACUUACAUGAGCCCUGUUCAGCACAUUUUAUUGUACUUUUCUCUCCACAGUACUGACAAUUCAUGUCAGAAACACAGUUUUGUGUGUGUUUAUUCAAUGGUUUUGUGUUAUAAUGCCAUUUAUAAAAAGCAACUUGGUUAACAAAAUGGAGAGCAAUUGAUUUACAAAUUAUAUCAAGUUAAAUCUUGCUGAAGUUUUAGUUCAGAUUACUUAUUUUUUAGGGCAACAACUUUUAAUAAUUUUUCAACUUGGCCGUGUUUACGGUGCAUCAUUUUCUGGAAUUUGUCAAGGUCCUUAUAAAACAAACGGUGCUAUAUAGCACCAAAAGUGGUUAUAUAGCACCAAAAGUGGUUCUUUGCUCGUAAUCAUAGAAGAACCGUUUUUGGUGCCAUAUAGCACCGGUGAAGCACCAGUGAAGCACCUGUGUAGAACCAUUUAGGGGCCAUAUAGCACCACAUAUGGUUCUACACAGGUGCUUCACUGGUGCUUUACCGGUGCUAUAUGGCACCAAAAACGGUUCUUCUAUGAUUACGAGCAAAGAACCACUUUUGAUGCUAUAUAGCAUUAUUUGUUUUUAGAGUGUAGACAAAUCAUUGGCAGUUUGGCACUGGCAUAUAUUUGCAAGUUGAGACAGCUCAAACAUGAGAUUUAGUCUAGGACUAGCCUUAAACUUUGUCUGUGAAAUCACAGCAAAAUGUCCUAAAUGUUUUGUCAAAACUUUACUUUGCAGUGGUUUAAACAUUUUUUUAAUGCUUUUUACCUGAGAUUGUUUAACUUUUGACUUCAGUUGUACAAGAAUACUGCUACAAAAAAAAAGUGUAAAUAAAUGUGAAGAUUUGUUGUUUUGUAUACACUGUGACAAAUUU